UCGGAGACUCUUCACUCCUUCCGCCUCCGCGGUUCUUCUCUCUGCUCGUGCAGGCCGGCCGCUUCCUCAGCGAGUUUUCGUUGCCGGGGGAAGAAAUGGAAAGUGGCACGCUUCAGGAAAGCAUGGAAAAGGAAGGCUUGGCUCUGAGCGAUGGAGGAACAACCCGUCCUCCCUUUAGAGGAGCACGCCGGGCUCACUCGGGAGCGCUUCCUCCAGGACAUCUACCCUCUAAGAAAGCCAGCUGUGCUAAAAGGAAUCGAUUUGGGUCCUUGCAUGACAAAGUGGACAGUGGAUUACCUCAGUCAAGCAGCAGGAAAUAAAGAAGUGAAGGUUCAUGUUUCCACCGUACAACAGAUGGAUUUCCUCAGCAAGAAUUUUGUAUAUAGAACACUACCCUUUGAUGUUUUUGUAAGGAGGGCAGCUGAAGCCAAACACACAGAGUACUUUAUUUCAGAGGAUGAAAAAUAUUAUUUGCGGUCAUUGGGAGAAGACCCACGAAAGGAUAUUGCAGAUCUCCGAAAACAAUUUCCUCUCCUGGCAGAUGAUAUUCACAUCCCAGAAUACUUUGAAAAGGAGCAAUUAUUUUCCACUGUCUUCCGGAUAAGCUCAGCAGGACUACAGCUCUGGACACAUUAUGAUGUAAUGGAUAACUUCUUAAUUCAGGUGACAGGAAAGAAACGGGUUGUACUGUACAGUCCCCGCGAUGCACCAUAUUUAUAUUUAUCAGGUACAAAAUCUGAGGUGCUAGAUGUGGACAAGCCAGACUUGAAGAAAUAUCCUCUCUUUGUCAAGGCCAGACGUUAUGAAUGCCAACUGAAAGCAGGAGAUGUCUUGUUCAUUCCUGAGACAGAGACCCCGAUCCCAAGAAGAAAUGGGAAUUCUGCCUGCACAAACCUUCCUGAAAUACCAACUGAAACAAACAUCUGAAGCAAGAUGCAGGUCUGAGUUUGUUACUAGAUAAGCAGACAGUCAACUUUGAAAGCUAACGUCAUGUCUUUUGCAUCUUCUGGCUAACCUAAUAAAGGUUCCAUCUUGAUGUAUUGCAUUUGGCUGCAUGAGUAACAUAACUAUCCUUGAAUACAUUUUUAUUUGACAUGAUUUCUUAUACUUUUCUUGUUCAUAAACUGAACUGCAUCCAUA